CUCUCUCACUCUUAAAUUCGCAUUAAGUGUGGACGCCAUUGGUGAAAAGUGAACAAAUUUGUGCAUUUUCUCCUGAAAACUCUCAUCGUACAACAUCUUAGAGAGAGAUGGCUUAUCGGAACAAUCGGAGCUUCGAUCGCAACAACUAUGGCGGGUCCAUCAGCCGCAAUGUGGAUCCGUGGGACACGACCAACGACUGGGGAAUGCGCGGGGGCGGCGGCGGCGGCGGAGGUGGCAAUUACAUGGGCAACCAGGGCCAGAAUCCCUCGGAAGCUCUGGCGCUAGCCAACAACCUCAUCAACAACAUCCUUCGCGGCAGCCAGCCGCCUUCGCUGCUCGACUUGCCGCCCAAUGACAUGCGCGGCGGCGGCGGUGGAGGCUUCGGCGGCGGAUACGGCAGGAACACGGGCGGCGGCGGCGGCUACGACCGCUUCGACGAUCGCAUGGCUGGACGCAUGAUGGGCAAUCGCAAUGCUGUUACCAACCGCAAUCGACGUCCUGGCGUUAAUGCUGGUCCGCGCAACAAUAAGCCCACUAAACCGGGCGGCAUUCGUAAACCCAAUGCCACUGAUCGAUCUAAGAAAGUUCUGGCAAAGAAUUCUAACAAUUCUAAAUCAACAAAACCGGACGACGGUACUAAUAAGAAUACUGAGAGUGGUGAAGCCAAGGAGGACUUUGUGGAAGGAGAUCCGCAGGAUUCACUGUAUGCUGAUGUGCCGAGUGACAUGUUCUAUUGUCACAUGUGCAAGAAGCACAUGUGGGACUGUUUGUCCUUUGAGAAUCACAUCAAGGGGCGUUCGCACGCGAUGAUGAAGGAGGGUGUUGAGGAGAGCUAUCGCUUGCGUGCCACGAUGAUUCGCCAGGAAGCGAAGAUUGAGGAACAGCUGAAGAGUAUUGAGAUUGAGCGUCUGAAGCGCAUUGGGAAGAAUGUGAAGGCGACUAAUGUGCGUCGUGAGUACUGUACAAUGUGCGAUUUGCACUUCUAUGGACAUUUGUCGUCGCAUCGCAAGUCUGAGGGACACUUGACGCUGAAGAAGUUCCUCCAUCCCAAGUGCAAUGACUGCAGCAUGGAGUUCCCAACGCGGAUUGAGUAUGAUGCCCACUUGUUGGCGCCCAAUCACAUGAUCAAGGCGUCCAAGAGGGCGCAUCGUGCUGAGAAGCGUCGCAAUCAGCUGGUGAUUCACGGUGAGGCGGAUGAGAUGAAGGAUUUGCGUGAGAAGGAGGAGAAACCGGCGGGUGAGAAGGUGGCCGAGGGCGAGGAGCCCGCUGAGGGGGCUGAAGUGAAGGAGGGCGAGGAGACAGCUGAGAAUCCAGAGGGUGGUCAGAGUGAGGUGAAGCCCGAGGUGGAGAAGGAGCCGGAGAAUGUCAUUGUGGACUAUGUGGAGGGUGUGACUGAGUUGCCGGCGGAGAUUGAGAAUCGCAUUCCCAAGUACAAUUGCCAUCGGCAGUUGGGAAAGAGUCUGAUUGGGAAGUUGGAUUGCUAUGAGUGUCGCAUCUGCAAUAGAUACUUUGACAAUGAAACCACGGCGGAGAUUCACACCCGAACGAUGUCACAUCAUCGUCAGUUCAUCAAAUUCCUCAAUGAGAAGUGCAAUGAGGUGAAGAUUGCGGAGAAGAGGGCUGCGGCUACGCUUGAGAAUGAGCGCAAGAAGAGGGCUCGCAUGGAGGGUGAGCAGAAUGGGAAGUCAACUGCUGAGAAGCCCAAGAUUGAUCCAUCUGAACUCUAUGAUCCGUGUGAGGCUACUGAGGAUGACGAUAAGCCCAAUGAAGCUGAAACCACGGAACCAGAGGUGAAGGAAGAGGAUAUGUCUGGUAGUUUGGACGCCACGAUGGAGUCUGUGAAGGAGGAUGUGAAGCCAGAGCCAGAGGAGCAGCCCGUGGAGCCUGAGAAACCAACUCCUGAGCCUGUCGUGGAAGCGAAGGUAGAGCCAAAGGCCUCACCGGCCAAGGCGCCGGUUGUGCAGACGCCAACGCCGACGCCAACACCGACGCCGACGCCACAAGCGAAGCCACCACAGCAGAAGCAGACUGCCACGCGCGGACGUGUGCCUCAGCGCGGUUCUCCGCGUGGUCGUGGCCGUGGACGCUACAAUCGCUUCUAAGACGUGCGAAGAGAGAGAAGAGAGCCAAUUAAUGCUUCACAACUCAUCUUUCGGCUGAAAGGUGUUCUUUCAUUAUAUUGCACAUUUUGCCCUCAUCAACAGAGUCGACGGAAUAUUUUAGGAAGAGAAAGAGAGAAA